AUGCUGCUGGCCUUGGAUUAUUAUCCUCCCGCCUCAAGCUCGGUAGUGCUGGCUCACAGACCUGCCCACAACGUCUCGCAGGUAUUUGCCCUUCUAAGGCACCCUCUGCUCAAGGACACCAGAAGCCCAGAUGUGACCUCCACGGAACUGGCUGCAGGGCCCUCCCACGUCCCAACCCACACCUUCCCAGACUCCUUACUGUCCCAGGUGGACUGGGUUCUGCCCGCACCCAGCCCGCACCCAGCCCGCAGCACCCUACCUGAAGCAGCGGCCGCCUCCUCCUCUGGGCUCGCGCCGCACCCCCGGGCUCACAGCGCUCGGGCCGCUCAGGACCCGGCGGAGUCCCGGGGGGCUGCGGGCCGCAGGGGGGCGCGGGUUCGAGCGCCUCGCAGCACACCAGGCUCACGGUGCAGCCCAUCCGGCCCGGCGCCCGGCGGGCCCGGGGCGGGGACGCGGACUACCCGCGAGCUGGCUGGCCCGCCCCCAGCCCCAGCGACCUCUCGGGCCCAGGGCGUCUGCGACGUGGGGGAAGGAGGGCGACGCCCCCGGCCCGCCCCGUCGGAGUCCGCCUCCGCCUCCACCGCGGCUCUGCCAGGCAGUGGGAGUGCGGGGGCCCUGCGAGGGGCGGCGACACGGAUGCAGGAGGCAGAGACGACUCUCAUCCCAUCUCUACAGAAGGAAAGUGGGCAGCUGAACCCAGAGGAUCACAGGGAAUCACAUCACUUCCAAGCCUCCAUGGCAGAGGAGGGGGCCAUCCUCAAGAUCACCAGGAAUCUGAAAGAUGCUGUCUCUGCCAUCCUCCAAGGAUAUGGGGACGGGCAGGGGCCCGUGACAGACACCAGCGCUGAGCUACAUAGACUCUGUGGCUGUCUGGAGUUGCUGCUGCAGUUUGACCAGAAGGAGCAGAGGAGCUUCCUGGGGACUCGGAAAGAUUACUGGGAUUUCCUCUUCACUGCCCUGCGACGGCAGCGGGGACACACGGAGCAGACCAGAUUCGUAUGCUCGCAGGACAAGCUGAAGACCUCUCUAGGAAAGGGCCGCGCCUUUAUCCGACUCUGCCUCGCCCACGGACAGCUGGCCGAGUCCGUGCAGCUGUGCCUCCUGAGCCCAGAUCUCACUCGGGAAUGGUAUGGCCCCCGGAGCCCUCUGUUGUGCCCUGAGCUCCAGGAAGACAUUUUGGACUCUCUCUAUGCCCUCAAUGGAGUUGCCUUCAACCUGGACCUGCAGCGGCCAGACCUGGAUGAAGCCUGGCCCAUGUUCUCAGAGUCCCGCUGCUCCAAUCCCAGACAGACCCAGGAAAGAAGACCCAGAAAACCCAAAGGUUACCCAAAGGAGGUGAGCUGCUCCAGAGGGGAGCAGCUACAGGGACCAGACGCCCGUGGAACCAGCUCUCUGCAAGAUGCACCCAGAGAAGACCGCCUACCUGGCCUCCCUACCCCCUUGCAGCAUGGCCAUCUUCCCACCUUUUUAGAAAAGAAGAAAGGGGAUCCCCGGAGCCUCAGCUGUCCCCAGAGCAUUUGGGGAACAGAAGGGGAGGGAUUUGAGCUAGACCAGAAGGAGGGAGGCCCAAAGAAUAGGAGAUCCCUGGAGAAUUCAGCAGCCAGCAGCCAGCAACAGAGGGAGGGGGCUAAGGAGGCUCAAAGGGAGGUGACAGGAGAGGAAGAUGAAGGCAAAGGAAGCCUGUCAGUGACAGAAGGUCAGAGAACAACAGAGGGGACCCAGGAAAAGGCAGCAGAUGGGGACCAUGACCAAGGGCUGCUGACCCCCAGCCUUCAAGGAAGGGUAAAUGACACAGCGUUAGGGAACAGGCAGGGGUGGGAUCAGCCUAGUGUUCUAGGGCAGCCCUGGGCCCUGCAAAGCCCGGGAGUAAAGAAAGGCUCCCCCACAGAGAAGCCACAAGAGUGGACAAGAGUGACCAGUGUCAGCAGGCUGGAGGAUCAAGCGGAAACGCCCGUGCAGGAGGUGGCCAAGGACCCCACAUAUGGGCUCCGGCUGGCAAAGGAACAGGCCCAGCGCCAGGAGCAGCUGCUGCGGGCACAGGAAGAAGAGAUGCAGGCGCUCCAGGAGCAGCUCAUCAGGUGUCAGGCAGAAAGAGCCCAUUUGCAAGUGAUGCUGGAGCAGACGCAGCAGGAAGCUGAGAGGAGGGACGCCAUGUAUGAGAAGGAGCUGGAAGGGCAGAGGGACCUGGUCCGGGCCAUGAAAAGGAGGGUGUUGGAACUGAUUCACGAGAAGGACCACCAGUGGCAGAGGCUCCAGCAGCUGUCGGCUGCGGCCCCCGGACACUGCGUGGGCUGCAACAAGGUCUUCAGGCGUCUGUCCCGGCGGUAUCCUUGCAGGCUCUGCGGAAGCUUUGUUUGCCAUGCCUGCUCCGUAGACUAUAAGAAGAGAGAACAGCGCUGCCCGGCCUGUGCCCAGCGGGAGGAAAUCCAGGUCACCUGACCAAGAUCGCAAGAGGAGCCUAAGAUCUCCCCCCACCUCCCUGCCCCCCGCAGCUCCCUCCCUCCCUCCCUGAAGUCUGACCACUCUUUUCUUCUGGAAGCUGGAGAGCUGAGGCACCAGCACUGAUUGUGAGGGGUAAAGGGAAC